AUGUCAGACUCUGAUGACUCGGAUUUGACCAUGGAUCUGGAGCAGGUUGGCAAAAUAUCGCUUCCGACUCUGGAAUCGCUAAAGAGCCUGCCGAUGUCGGCGGAGCUGUUGCGGGAUGCAGCGAGGCGAAAUUUUGCUAGUGGCUCGCUCGCUAUAGAUAAUUACUUCAGCUCUCGAAGAGAGCUUGUUCAGGCAUUCAUUGAUGACUUGAUUUCAGGGUUUUCGCUCCAGAGCGCUUUUGAUCGAAUCCAGCCUGUUACGACAAAGCUGUCCCAGGUGGUGAACGAAGCCGUUCAUUUGCCAAUUGAAGGAGAAGACGAUGAAAAGUACCACGAACCCGGUGGAGUUCGUCCAGUUGUAAUCCAUGAAGCUGGGCCCAUUAUAGAGUCGUUGGUGAUACCCGAUGAACAACCGUUGCUAGACAGAUACGCGAAGCUCACUCUUUUGGAGCCAGGCGACUUUGCCGAUCAGAAGGUCAUGCGGCAGAAAAUCAAGGAUAUUCUCGGACUGGCGGAGCUUUCGGGGGCUCAAAAGAGUGUUUUGAUACAGAAACUAAUGACACAGAGCUACUACCAGAAGAAGAAGCUGGAGGGCCAGCCCAUCGAGGCUGAGAUCGAGGAUGUGGCCGGUGACUCGGGCGAUUCAGAUACGUCGUCGUUGUUCAGUUCUGAAGAUGAGGCAUUUAAUGAUGAUCACCGCGUACGACUAACUAUGAUGGACAAAGCUCCUACACAAUAUGCGGACGGUAUACUUGGGUGUCAGCACUACCAGAGGAACUGCAAAGUGGAAUGUCCCAUUUGCAAAAGAUGGUUUACUUGCAGGUUUUGCCAUGAUGCUGUUGUCAAGGACCAUGCUCUCCCCAGAAAUCAAAUAAGGCAUGUUUUGUGCAUGUUCUGCUCUACGCCUCAGCGGCCUGCUCAAUACUGCAUCAACCCGGACUGUGGUAAGAUCCUAGCAGAGUACUACUGUGAUAAGUGCAAGCUAUUCGACAAUGAUCCGGUCAAAGACAUUUACCAUUGUGACGAUUGUGGAAUUUGUCGUCUUGGGCUCGGUUUAAAUCAGGACUUCUUCCAUUGCCGAAACUGUGAUGCCUGCAUUUCCAUAGAGCUGAAAGAAGGUGGUCAUCGGUGUAUCGAGAACUCAACACAUGCAGACUGUCCAAUUUGCGAGGAAUACAUGUUCAACUCUACCCGAACUGUUUGUGUGAUGUCAUGCGGACAUGCCAUUCACCAAUCGUGCUAUGAUGAGUAUACGCAGCAUUCGUACAAAUGUCCCAUCUGCUCUCGAACUAUCACCAACAUGGAAACCCAGUUUCGCGUUAUGGACAAUGAAAUCGACGAGCAACCAUUACCGCCUCCAUUUGGUAACUGGAAGUGUAUUAUCAAGUGCAUAGACUGUGGUGGAAUGUCUAUCUGCAAGUACCAUGUUCUUGGUCUUAGAUGCGAUAACUGCAAGAGCUACAACACCAUGCAGCUGAAAGUUAUCAAGCCAGAGCUUGGCGACGACGAGGACAAAGUCUUCAAGGCUACUAAUAAGGGUGAGGGUCUUGGAGUAAUUCCCAACACAUUGAACACGAAUUUUGGGUAUGACCAGGCAGAUCUUCUGGCAAGUGCGGUCAGCGUUGGAAAGACAGACGGUUCGGUGGAUCCAGAAUUCAAGAACGAGCAUGACAUGAUUGAGGAUUCAUAUGCGGAUGACUUUAUGAGAAUCGUGGAGAAUCUGGAGCGGUAUUCUACGAUUGGUGAUGCAUUUAAGGAUUGGCUUAAUACCAAUAAGGAGGUAUUUUCGUCUCUAUCGCUAUCCAACCCCAAGAAAAGUGAAAAGAAUGAGAAUGAAAAAUCUAAUACGAGCUAG